CUGAGACAGCGUCACUGACCGCAGUCUUGUUGAAGCUAAUGUUCACUAUGAAUAGACGCUCACACCGCGUCAAGCCAGGACUAACGGUUGUUGUUUUGUAGCUAGCCAACAACCAGACGUUAGCUAACAAGCGCUACCUCUUCACAGCAGAGGGGGGAGCUAACGUUAGCAUGACAGCAUGAGCCCAGAGCAGAAAGACAUUCAGCUGUCUGGUGUCAAGUGACAGCUCAGUCCAUAGGUAGAGGUCAGCUAACUUAACCCACCUUACCCUUUUGUUUUGUCAGACAAACGGACUGUUGCGCGUUUGUUUUAACGGUUACCGAGCCGCCCAGCUGUUUGACAUAAAGUGACGUUAAUUCAAAGCCGCUCAACAUCACGAAUGAAACUGUAACCGCUGUCUAAUAACGCUACAUGGUGUGCGGUGUUAACAAGCGAGUUCGUGUUUGGGAACAACACAGUGUGAGUUGUCAGGGUUUCCCUCUGCUCCAGUGCCCAAGAGAGGACAAUGAUAAGAACAUGAUCAGCGCCGAUGGCUUCUCAAAAUGCGAGGCGACUCUGCAAGACAGAAGCAGGAGGAGGCCACCCGCAGAGAUGCUCCAUCUGCUGUCAGCUGUCAUUGUUUGGCUGGUGACGGGAACCACCAUCUCCAGCCUCAACAAAUGGAUAUUUGCCGUUUACAACUUCAGGUACCCUCUGCUGCUGUCAGCGCUGCACAUGCUGACAGCCAUAGUGGUGGACUAUGGGCUGAUCAAACUGCGGGUGAUCCGCCACAGAGGGGUCGGAGAGCAGGACCUAACCCCCAGCGCAAAAUGUAAGGUGUUCCUGUUGAGUCUGACAUUUUGUGCCAGUAUUGCCUUUGGGAACAUGGGUCUGAACUAUGUUCAGCUGUCAUUUGCACAAAUGAUCUAUACCACCACCCCGCUCUUUACUCUGGCCAUCUCCACGCUGAUCCUGGGUAAGCAGCAUCACUUCCUCAAAUACACAGCCAUGAUGCCCAUCUGCCUGGGAGCCUCCUUCAGCAUCAUGGGAGAAGUCCAGUUCGAUCAGACCGGCUGCUUCUUUGUGUUUGCAGCGACCAUGUUGAGGGGAGUCAAGUCCAUUCAGCAGAGCAUCUUACUUCAGGAGGAGAAAAUCAACUCUGUGUUCCUGCUCUACCUGAUGUCCAUUCCUAGCUUCUGCAUCUUGACAGUGGCAGCUCUGGCCUUAGAAAACUGGGCUGUGCUCGAGUCGCCGCUGCAUUACGACCGCCACCUGUGGGUCUUUAUCUUGCUCAGCUGCCUGGGCUCAGUGAUGUACAACCUGGCCAGCUGCUGCGUCAUCACACUCACCUCUGCCGUCACUCUGCAUAUCCUCGGCAACCUGAGCGUGGUGGGAAACCUGCUGUUGUCUCAGCUGCUUUUCGGCAGCGAGUUGUCCGCCCUCAGUUGCGCCGGCGCGGCGCUGACAUUGUCUGGCAUGCUCAUCUAUCAGAACUCAGAGUUUAUCGUCAGCUACAUGGACGCACGCAAGGCCAAAGCUAAAAAGUCCAGACAGGUGGAUUUUCACACUGCAAGUGGAGAGGACUUGGACAAGGGUAGUGCAUCUGAACCAACAUAUCAUCAGCAGAGAACAGAUGGGAAACAGGAAGACAAGUUGGACUGAAUUGAACGGAUGAAGGAGAGAAUAAAAUGUUGAAGGAUAAAAUGAUAGUAUGAGUGUCUUUAAGUGGUCAAGAUCAGCAGAGGGAGUGUUACCUUAUAAGGCCAUCGUCACUGAUGAUGUGACUGAUCUUUAUUUUUUUUAAUUUAAUAACUUCCUCACUGUGCCAAUUUAUUUCUCCUCUGGUCACACAGAAGUGGAGUCUGCAGAGAGGAAAAGGUUGCCUUUUUUUAUCGCGGUGAUGGUAAAAUUCUCUCCUUCAUCUAUAAAACCACUCAUACACAGGCUAUAGCGGUAUAUGCAUGCAUGAGCACACUAAACUGUUUGAUACCUCAUGAGGUAUUCACACUGUCACUCAUACUACUCCACUGUGAAAAUGUUCUCAUUUACAGAGAGCUCUAGUCGAUGUUUUGGGUGGCUGUCAUAGAUAUUGCAGGCUGCAGAGAGCCUCGUGUGACAUUGAGGGGGCGGGGCUUAAAGAGCACUCCGUCUCAAAUCUUAACGGGCACAAUUUGUAUUAAAAAUAUAUAUUAAUAGUACUGUUACCUGACAUUCACCUGGCCCUGUCAUGGUAAGGGACUGGGUUUUGGCAGCUUUUUUUUUUUUGUUGUUGUUGGUAUGUGAAGCGGGAAGCUAGUUAAAUAACACUAAAGAGGCAAGAGUUAUAAUGAUGGACAAAGCCGUCGUUUCUGUGCAAUGAGAUGCCUCUUUUCCUCUACUGAAGCACAUUUUUAAUAAGAGGCCUGAGCGCUGUGUUUUGUCCUCCCCUAUGAACCUCAGUGUGGCUUCCCAUUUAAGGCCUAGAUUUUGUUCUCAUACCAUCUUUAAAAGACUGUCUCUGUAGAAUUACUCUAAUUAUUUCCAUCUUUUACAACAGUGCGCUCACUGCAGCGUUCCCCGAUAAUUAGGUUCACAAGUUCUCUAAGGAGUGUCACUCAACUUUAGUCUUUUCCCUGUGGAAGAGAUGAGGAAACCGAAGAUUGAGCUGUACUAUUUAAGGUUGCUUCUUAAAUCCUAACCCAUGUCAUUUGUUUGGUUUAAUUUUUCCUUUUAGUGGGGGACAUUUUUAAAAAGGCUGAUUUCUGCUGGACAGUGUCAUGUUUUCUCUCAGUAUUUGAAAAGCAUUUUAUUAACAUGCUUUUAUUUCAUGAUAAAACAUAUUUAUUCCACUUUUUAUGUAUGUGGAAGAAGAUAUUUAUUUUUGAAUGGCCAUAGAGAUCACUGGCUUUGUAAUGCUGUAGAUUUUGGUCCUCAAGUGUCUUGCACAUGCUCUUUCUCUUUAGAGAAAAGUCAGGUCAAGUCUCCUGAAAGCAUCUUAAAUGAUCUGGGAUGUCUGUUACUGUACACUUGCUCCUACAGUAGAGCAUGUCAAAUGUUUACUUUGAAAGCUUUCUUAGUCACACUGUGUGGUAACACUGGUUCUGUCAGCGACCAGACAUGCUAAUAUCCAGUUUGAGCUCUCACAAGACAACGAACAACAUUCAUCAAAGAUUGUUUUUAUGACACCUGCCACAUUUUCUGCAUAUUUUGCCAUAAGAAUAACUGCAGGCAGGAUUGUAUGUUGAAAGAUUUUACUUGAUGUAUCACUGAAUAUUUCAAGGGUGCCAUUCAUUAAAGUACAUUGUCCUGAGCAUCAUAUCAUAUUGAAACUAAGAUGCUUUUCAAAAAUCCCGUCAGUUGAAAAUAGUGCAAGAAAGAUAUGAAAUGGUUUUAUUUUGCAGUUUGAUAAAUGGCUCUGUUGGUUUAAUAUUUCAAAAUAAUAACUGGUGUCAGUCAAUACUCAAUUACAAGUUUAAAAAGUAUGUGCAGCAGAUCAUUUCAUUGGUUUUACAUUAUGGAAUACCUCAGCUGUUAAAUAGGACUUGUUAUGCCCUUGUGUUCAUUAAUUACUAACUAUUGGACUGAGAUCAAGCAGCUUUUCAACAACCACAAUAAAACUGCAGCAUGUGAAUGAUGGAUUUUACUGUGUUCAGUAGAGAAGAGUAAUCUGAUCACAGAUGUCAACAUAUAUUAAAACAUACUCGUGUUGACCUAUGAUCAGAACAGCCUCAGCCGUCAUUUUUUAGUUUUAUAACGAAGUUUGGCUGCUUGUUCUCAUGGAUAUCAUGUUGAGUAGAUUAUGAGUGUGGUGCAACAGAUGAGGUUCGUACCUCAGUUCAUGUGUACAUACUGGUUUUGAUUGUUUGCAAAGUUAGUUGGGUGUAAAUAGUUAUUUUAUUAUAUUUAUGUAUUCAUAUGUGGCUGAUUUAAACUGUACUGGUUUAAGAAAGAAACGUUUGCCUCAUGCCUUAUUUGGACAUAAUGUAGAUGAGAAAGCAGUGAUUUUAAUUUGUUAUUUUGUCAAAUGUUUUGGUUAAUACUUGCCAACGGCAGCCACAGUUGCUUCUGUUUAGGGGCAAAGAUAUGGGCGAUUCAUAUAAACAUGAUCUGCAAUUGCUUGAAAAAAAAAAUGGACUGAUACAAUAAACAAUAACGAAACCAACCACCUCA